UAUUCAUAACUUCCUGUUAAACUUAGCAACACGGUUCAAGUAAAGUGGUAUUUACUGCGGACAGAAGCGUUUAGCAUUUCUAACCGUCUAAUCUCUCUGAAGUAAUUACAAACACACAAAGCUGGACUUCCUGCCAUCCCAGCAGCGCGUCAGUUAGCUUAGUUGUGCUAGCCGCUGCAGCUAGCUGCUCAUGUAGCUAGCAGGCUACACGGCAGUUCGUCAGUUUGUAGGUUUUUUAGUCAGAAGACACGCUUCUGUUAAUACACGCUGCUUUCAGGAGUGUGUAGUCGAGCUAACGGUGUAGUAGAAAUUCAAAAUAUGAGUAAUUAGCGAACACUUCCAGUUCACUGUUGACAAAAUAAGAGGAAAGUUGGAUGAACUUAGUGGACAGUUUUCAUCUCUCUGCCUUGAAGUGCACACACAGCAAAGGACCGUCUGGCAAGUAGUGUUCAUGUACACUGACAUACAAACACAUAUUUAUAUGCACAAAAAGGUGGGUAACAGUAUUAAACAGAUUUAAUAUUUAAUUUUUCGUGUGCCAUAUUUCAUUAUCAUGUGUUAUACCACUUUGCCACAUCACUGCCAGUUACUUUCUACUCUUGUUUAGCUUACUUCAUUUUAUAUAUCUUAUUUAUAUCCUGUUGUUUUUCUAGGAGGGAUUACAUUAUGUCAUACAAUUUUGUUUUCUGAGCAAUUUCUGGCACAAGCAUUUCCAUCAGGGUUAAUAAAGUUUUAUUUUUAUCAUAUCAGGUCUCGCAAAAUCCCUCCUGAUUGAACUGAGGCUCAGUGUUUGUUCAUAACUGUAGCAAUAAGAAAGAUUUUCUUCACCAAUAUAGUUUCCCAAACAUGAAAUAAAGCAAAGCCGAAGCAUUUAGAGACCAAGAUGUGGACUGUAACUGGCAAGGCAGCUGGUCUUUAUCUAAUAAUAAUCAUUAUAAUAAAGUUAAUGCUAUUAUUAAAAGAUACAAAAUGCAAAAUACAGAAUUUUUAAUAUCAAUGACACCAUGGGACAAACAACAAUCGAUAUAAUUAAAAUAGUAACAGCACUAAAUAUGCCAUAGCACAGAGUAAGAGAGACCACAUCAUACAAAAGCAAGUCCAUAAAAAUGGGUUUUAAGUUGGGAUCACACAUUUCACUGUUUGUAUGGGAAUGUUGAACAUGUUGAACAAUAUAAAUGCUACAAGUCUGCAGUAUAUGUCAGUGAAACACAUGGUUCCUGAUGGGUGGUCUGAGUGCCUGGGCUUCUGUGUUUUUGUGUGUCCAGGUUAAACUUUAAGGGUCCAUGAACGAGUCUUUUUUGUGGAUUUAGAAUCCCAUUUCCUUUGCAGGGUCCUGAUUGAGGAACUGGGGGGUCAGGAGUCGGUCAUCCGGCACUAGGCUGGUCCAGUAGAAGUUUUAGUGUUAAUUUGCAUGGACAUAAAUUUCACACUGUUCAGACAGGGUUACCUUUGGUCUGUAGUUCACAUUUAACUAAUGAACCCAGGGCCACGUAUGGCUUAUAAAGUUAUUGAGUGCUGUUUUGGGGUUAGUCCCCAGUGUUUAUGUCUGCAUCAGUCAGUGUAAUUGAAGAAUUUUGACUGUGAGACUUCACAAAGAUGAAGAAAAAUUAAGGUGACUGACUAAAAAUCAGUUUAAACACAACUGCAGCAGUACACAGGAUGUAUAAAACAAGCGACACUACCACGAAUCAGAGCUGCAGUGGUCGCCCUCUUAAAAUUAUGCCACAAACAGUGCACUACUUGAACAAUCCUCUGAACAACAGAUGGACAUGUGCCUCAGAUUUGGCACCGUGGUUUUCAGUAGAAAUCAGUUUUUGUGAUGGCACAGACAGCGUGAAGGACAGCGCAUAUUGUCAACAUCUGUGGACAGAGUACAAGGAAAAAAACUCUUGCUUGCUCUUUGGCACAAAAACUGCAAGAUGAAACUUUGCUAAGAAACAUAAAAAGAACUUUGAUGGAUUAUGGAAGCAUGUUCUUUGGUCAGAUGAGUGCCGGAUGACUUUCUUUGGCUUAGAUGAGUCUAACAUGUGUGGCGUGAACCUGGCCAGCACUGCCACAGUGAAUGCAUAGUGCUGACAGUGAAGCACGGAGGUUGAAUUGUAAUGACACAGGGCUGAAUGAGUGCAGAAGAUGUUAUUUAUCGAUGGCACCAUGAAUGUGUGAGGAUAAACCAAAAUACUGGCUGACUAGGUAACUCCUGGUGUGCAGAAGCUUGACAGAAGAUGAAUGAUAGUAAUUUAAUGCAUACAGAAGAAGAAAACAGUAAAAACUGUGAACUGAUUUGUCACCCUGAUUUGAAUCUAUAACCUUUGGGGUAAGAGAAAGGUAGAGCAACUCAACCCCUCCAGCAGAACAUCACUCCAGAAAUGUGGCACGUCGAGGAAGACCGAUUACCAAAAUAAAUGUGGAAGGCUGGAAUCUCAGUAGUGAAAGAUGUGUUUUCAUUGUGGUAAAUCAAAUACCAUACUGUUCAACUAUACAAAUAAUGCAGUGCAGGUGAUGCAAUGUGAGGGAUGAUGCACAGGAUGCACUCACUUCUGUUGUACACUGUUUAUGGUGAUCUGAUUUGUAAUGUAGGUCUUUAUAAUAGUACUUUGAAAGCAAUCUUGCACAAAGGGGAGCUUUUCUUUUGGAUCUUGACUUAUAUACAGAUUUUAAUGUGUUUUAAGUUAGCUAAAGUUUGAAUGCAGGACUUGUGGCCCCCACUGGGUUCCCUGAUGUGGAGGAUCAGUCUGGUUCUGUCUGCCCAGCAUCCAUCCACACAAUCCCACUGCGACCUAUCAGCGCCAUCUAGUGUCCCAGCAUCCAAACUGUCUGCUUGAUCCGGUCUUCGUCAACCAACCAGGAAAGAGGGCUUGCCGUGAUCUGGACUGAGGCGGAUGAGACCAGAAACCUUUGUUCUGUCUCUCCUCCCCAAUGCGAGAAUAAAGGCGAGCGCCUGUCCAUGCGUCCGGCAAAAUUUUGCGCUCGCAUUUUGUGGGUUGGCGAUCGCAGAUGUUUGUUUUAUUAAUCAAAAAAAAAAAGAAAAAGAAAAAUUAACAGAAUUCAUUCAUCAGUCUUUAUGUGCAUUUUUGUUUUUUUGUUUUUUUCCUGAUAGCUACAACCCGAGGGCGACAUCUGGCCGGUUUUUUUCUCUCUUGUCAGCUGCUAAAUGGAAAUAAAACGCGGAACUGAAAGUGGAAGCAACCGAGGUAAUGAUCUUCCAAUCCGCUAUCUGCGCCUGCUGGCCCCUCCCUUGCAGCUCUUGUCAGCUGCAGUGUGGCAAGUUGUUCAGCAGGGACUUGUGGAUCACUAUGGGAUGCUGGAGGAGUUUGUUACCAUGGUGACAGAGCUGGUCCCCGAGCUGAUGAGCUACAGUCAGAGGGCUCAGCUGAUCCUGGGACUCAGGGCCAGGCUGGUUCUGGAGAUGUGUCGAGGGGAACACCCGGCGGACAUGCAGACCAUUCAGCCACAUCUGGACAGAAUAAAAGCUCCUGUUAGCACUGCCAAGGAUCACCAUGUGACCAUCAACCAGGUUGAGGAAUCUGAGGUGAACUUUGUGGAGCUGGUGCAUUCAUUACUGGAGGAUCCCUCUGAAAGAAAAUAUUUUUUCCAGGAAAUCUUUCCUGUAUAUUUUGGCUCAAAGUACGAUGCAGCGCUGGAGAUGCUGGUGUGGGAGUUCAUAUCACGACUGGACGAGCUGCUGCCUGUUCCAGACUUCACACAGCUGGCAGCUUUGCUCGGCGACGCUCCCUCAUUCCUAGACGACUGUUUACGAUCCUAUUUCCCGCCCGAGGACAUGAAGGCCAUACUUGAACACCACAGAAACCUUGGUCAUUUUGAAGAGAAAGAUCCGAGGUUAUUACCGAUGGACGACUGCAUCCUCUCCUCUCUGUCGCUGCCUCCUGGCUCCAAACCUGCCGUGAACGCCGCCUCCUGCUCGCCUGCUCUCAAAGAGUCGACUCCUCCGGCACACGAAGGACCUUUCAGUCCUCCCAUCGACACGGGCAGCGCGGAGAGGCCGAGCAGGAAGAGCGCAGAGACCGCCAGACAGAGACUGAGGGAGUCGAGCGACCCCGGCAGCUGGCAGCGGCAGCUUCGAGGCGGAAACACUUCUCAGGAGAGGAAAGUACAAAACUCAACUCGUACACGGCCAUGUGAUGACACCAUAGACCUCACCGCAUCCAAUGAGACUGCAGACACGGAUUCAGAAGCCAGUGAGAGCAACCAAAGCCUGAGAGCAGCGCAGGCGAGCAGGAAGCGGAAGCUGAGCGGAGGUGUGGAUGUUCCUGCAAAGCGGCCUGCGGAGGCGUCAGCUUUCUUCGAUUCCUCAGUGGAUGAUGAGAAUUCAGGUGAAUCUCCUCUAAUCUCGAUAUGGGGAGAAUAUACAGACUCUCAGGAAGGUUCUUUUCCAGUUGUAACGGACACAAAAGUUCCCUGGUCGGACGAGGAGACGCUUCAUCUGCUGGACAUCUGGGGGAAGGACUCUGUGCAGCGAGCUUUGAAGGGCUGCUUGAAGAACCGUCACAUAUUCACUCAGAUCGCACAAAAGAUGGUGGAGAGGGGCUACAUGAGAACAGUGGAGCAGUGCCAGACCAGGAUUAAACGGCUGAAGAAAUGCUUUCGCCAGAACAGCAAGAACGCCAGGGUAGACCGGAAGUUCUACGCCCAGCUGGAGCAGGUCCUCGGCUCCUCAGCUCCGUCGGCUGUUCCCGAGGUCACCUACGAUGUCGAGGAAGUCGUUGACGAAGACGGAUCCCGAGACGCCGAUGAGGACCUGCAGUUUAUAGGUCAAACGGGCCAGCUAGAAAUCGGAACUAGAAGUGUUCCGUGGACUGAUUUGGAGUCUUUGACCCUGAUCAACACGUGGGGUGAAGACAGGAUGCAGCGGCAACUCACAGGGAUACACAGAACCGGACACCUUUUCUCCAUCAUCUCCAGCAAGAUGGCCGCCCAGGGCUUCUCCAGAACACCGGAGCAGUGCCAGACCAGGCUGAAACGAGUGAAAUCCAACUUCAGGCAAUGCUACCAAAACAACCUGAAAGGACACGAGCAAGUGGAGUGCAAGUUUUACAACGAGCUGGGAAGAAUUUUAGUGAAGGACUUUCCUUUGGUCCCACAGCUGAAUGAAUUACAAGCAGAGGCAGACGACGGUGACUUCCCUGCCUACAGUCAUCAGGACAUCGAGUCUGCUGUUGGAGUUCAGGAGGACAGGAAGAAGGUUCCUUGGUCAGACAAAGAGACAAUCAUCCUUCUGGAGGGCUGGGGAGACCCACAGGUGCAGCAGUGCCUGAGACGCUACCCACACAACGGUCACAUUUUCACAGAAUUAUCAGAGAAGCUCAGCGCUAACGGCUACUCCCGCAGCGCAGAGCAGUGCCACACCAGGAUCAAACGGCUGAAAGCGAGCUACCGCCACUGUCAGGAAAACAUGAGCGCAUCUGGGACGGAUAGAGUCGACUUUAAAUUCUACGAUCUACUCGAACAAAUCCUGGAAAAGCAGCCGUCGACAUCGUCCGUGGUGGUUACAGACUCCAUUGAAAUAUCAGAAGACUCCAAUGGUGAAUCAGGGACUGAAAGAGAUGGAGAAAUCAGCAUGUCACUGGAAAAGCCGGCACCGAGCUCGUGGUCAGACGAGGAGACUCUGGCACUCAUCGAUAUCUGGGGCGAGGAAGACGUUCAGAAGGCGCUGAGGGGUUUCGUCCACAACGGACACGUUUAUGCCGACAUUUCCGAGAGGAUGAGCGACCUGGGCUUCUCGAAAACCUCCGAGCAGUGCCGCUGGAAAGUCAAGUCGCUGAGGAUCAACUUUCGUCAGAGCUACGACCGGAAGAAAUGCGGAAGAAAAGUGGAUUAUAAAUUCUACAACCAGCUGGAGCAGAUACUGGGACAGGAAGCAGUUUCUCUCGAUGAGUACGACGAGAAAGACGAACAAGCAGAGCAGGAUCCAGGUGUAGACGGUGUGAACACGGCGUGGACGGAGCAGGAGACUGUCACGCUCAUUGAGAUCUGGGCAGCGGACGACGUGCAGCACAGCCUGAAAACCUGCGUCCGCAACGGGCACAUAUUCAUUGACAUAUCGGAGAAAAUGGCCGCCGUGGGCUUCCUGAGGACGGCGGAGCAGUGCCACUCCCGGAUCAAAAGGCUAAAGAAGACGUAUCGGCGUUACUGCAACAGCAGGAGAAAAGGAGGGCGGCCGGCGGUGUUUCGAUAUUUCCACUUUCUUGCCCCUGUGCUGGGCGAUAAAUCUCUGUUGCCUGAUGUGGGCACUCCUGCAGCUGAUCCCCCCUUACAGCCCCUCAUGGACAAUGAUCCCACAAUAUACGAGCAGCCCUCCACCAGCCACCUCCUGGUGGACCUGAGCAGAAAGAUGCCCUGGUCGGACCAGGAGACUCGAACCCUGCUGGAGAUCUGGGGCGAAGACGGCGUCCAGCUCACCCUAAAGGGCUGCCUGAAGAACCGACACGUGUUUGAGUACGUCUCGGAGAAGAUGAGCGACCGAGGAUUCAUCAGGACCUCGGAGCAGUGCUACACCCGAGUCAAGCGCCUUAAACACGGCUUCCUCCAUGAAAAGGAGGAUUUUAAAUUCUUCAGUGAGAUGGAGACGAUAUUCAGGAAGGAGCUGAAAGGGGACGACUCGGCCGCAGACACAUCGGUCGCAGACGAACCGGAUGAAUGUGUACCUGAACUGAGCCAAAAGAAAGGUAACCAGUGGGUGUCUGAGAGCUCCAAGCUGCCCUGGAGCGACGGGGAGACCGAGGCCCUGCUGGACAUUUGGGGGAGCGAGGAGAUCCAGGAGAACUUGAAGGGCUGCACCAAGAACAAACACAUCUUCCUCCAGAUCUCUCAGGUCAUGGCCAGUCAGGGCUACAUGCGAACUCCUGAACAAUGUCAGUCCAGGAUAAAGAGGCUGAAGACCAAUUUCAGACAGUUCCUGGAUGGCAGAAAAGGAGACAAACAGGAGUGCAAGUAUUUCGACCAGCUGGUGCAGAUAUUUGGCACAAAGUACGUCAUGAACUCAGAUCCUCUGGUUGACGAUGCAACCGAAGUCCUCGAGUCAUGAAGUCGUCCUCCAUCGACACGACGCAGAGGCAGCAGAUGGACAAAAGAGGAACAUUCACACGGGAAAGACAUUCACACUGACAUUUACUGUUCUGCUGUUUGGUUGUUUACAUGUGACAGAAGAGCGUCUCUGGAGGCUCACUUGAAUUCACAUUUUCUUCUGUAAAUACUUUUACAUUCUUCAGAUACAAAGACCUACUUCAGGAUGAAAUGUAGUGUGUUUGAGUGUGUGUGUGUGUGUCUGUGUGUGUAUGUGUGUGUGUGUGCCUCAACUUUAGUGUCUUGUGAUUAUUAAUAACAGAGCCAUGAUGCUGAAGCCAGGAUGCUCAGGAUUCGAAGGGGACAAAAAUGAAUCCUUGACCUGGUUGAAGUCACACAAAAUGCUGUGCUCCUCCAAAAAACUAUGUUUUUUCUAGUAUUUAUUUAUUUUAUACUUACAGCGAGGGACUCAAAGCACACAACAGAAGAAAUACAUACAAGGCCUCUGUCGCUGCCUCGCUUUUUAGCCCUUACUCAUGUCUCCCUUGUUACAUUUUACGUCUUUGCAUUUGUUUAUUAAGUUGUGUGGUGAAUUUCUUUAAGUUAAUUCUCAUUCUGUGCUCAGUAUGAGUUAAUGUUGCCCAGAAUUUGUAUUUAUUUAAAUUAUUUCCAUGCGUAUUCCAAAGUUCUACAGUUUACUUUAAAUGUGACGGACCUUAUCGAAGCAUAUUUGUGCCACAAACGUGAAAGAUUUUUCAUAACCAUUAAAAAAGAAACUUGAAUCGUG